GAAGUGGCAAGUGAUGAUGUUUACAGCGUAGAUGCUGCCAACAUCUUCUUCCCCUCCCUCGCUAUACUUUAUUCUUCUCCAUAAAGAGGUAUGUAUACAAGUACAUAAAACAAAAUAUAAAAAAAUAAAAAAUAAAAACUUAGCCUACAAGGACAAGGAAUCUACUGAAUCAAAACAAACCCUAACCCACAGAAACAAGAAAAUUUAUACCUUAAAUAGGUCGACAUAAUAAGACAAAACAAAACGGGUUGGCUGCCGGCCAGUUCCCAGGUAGACAAAUAAUACCCAACUAAAGCAGGAAUUAAUUUAAUCGGAAAAAAGGAACCAGGUAAUCUGAAUUUUUAAGGGGCUAAAAAAGGAAACCGAGAAUCCUCAGUCGUUCAGAAGUUGAAUGCCAACGGGAAAAUUCCCAUUGUGUCGGGAUCCACUACCGAUUUGGAUUCAUCUUCUCCAACUUAUUAUAAAUAGGACUCCUACACAUACACAAAUCGAUUAAUUCUCGCUGUUCUUCUCACUCUCUCACCUCUGGUGCUUGCCUAGUUUCAAGCUCAAGUUUGAAGAUUCGAAUUAGAAUAAUGGAAGGGACGACGCUGUCAACAGGACAAACCCUUGGCCGUUCAAAACCAAGCCCACAACUACGACGAUCGUCGCAUGAUGAAGUUUCUACAGUAUUAGCUUUGUGGGAUCCGACUUGGCCUACAAGUUUUAGUACAGAUAAUGAUGAUAACAAGAAGAAGCGAAAGGCGGACCAAGUACCUGACCAACCCUCUCCUAAUACUAGCCCUCAUGAUCGUGAUGAGACGACUAAUAGUUCAUCGAAACGUCAAAAACUAGUGUCGACGCUUCCACUCUUUCCCACUGGUGAUCGCUUUCGGGAUCUCAGUCAUGAGAAUAACAUGACAAACAAUAAUAAAAAUAUUACAACAAAGGAGGAGCAGAUGAAGAGGAAUAAAAGAGAUGAACUUGUUAUUGCCAAUCUAAAUUUUAUGGAUUCAUGGGAAAUCAAAAAGAAACUGACGGCUAGAGAUCUCACACACUUCUACGUGCCAGCAAGCUUGAUGAACAAACAUGUCCUCCCUUACGCAGACGACAAGUUUACCAAAGCCCUUGAGAACAGACAGGGCGCAGAAAUUACGUUCCAUGAUGGCGAUACGCACACUACCUGUCAUCAGUACGUUUUCAAGCAGAGCGACAACAGUUACGUUUUUGUUUGGCAUCGGGCAUUCGUCAAGAGGAGACAAUUGAAAAAGGGCGAUGAAAUUGGACUUCACUGGCUCAAAACAAAUUCCAAACCCGUCAUGUUUUUUUCUCUACUCGAACGGGCAACCAAACAACGCCCUGCACCUCUUGCAACCGUUGAUUUAUAAACCAGCCAAUUUAAGAGUUAGGAGUUAGUGUACCUUUAUUCUCUUCAUAUCGGUUGACAAUUACCGAAUGUACCCUAAUUUUUUUCUUUUUCUAAUCUUAAUUUUAUUA